GGAAAAGGCGUAGCUAAUAAACAUCACGGAAAACACACAGCUAACGCUUAAGCUCGAAAAUAGCGACCUAGUGAAUCUUCUCUUCCGUUCACACAAAGCCAGUCGGUGUCGUCCGUUUUUCCGUUACCGUCCGUGGUUGCCUCAGUGACUGUCAGCGUCUCGAAAAAAAACUGUCGGGGCGUUUAGCGAGCUAGCUAGCUAGCAUAACCACCUAGCCGUAGCAGCAGCCGCAGCUAGCAUCAGCAUCAGACGACAAAGAUGAUAGCUCUAAUCAACAAACUGCUGGACUGGUUCAAGGCGCUCUUCUGGAAGGAGGAGAUGGAGCUGACCCUGGUGGGGUUGCAGUACUCCGGGAAAACGACCUUCGUCAAUGUGAUAGCGUCUGGGCAGUUCAGUGAAGACAUGAUUCCUACAGUUGGAUUCAACAUGAGGAAGAUCACUAAAGGCAACGUCACCAUCAAGUUGUGGGAUAUCGGAGGUCAGCCUCGGUUCAGGAGCAUGUGGGAGCGUUACUGUCGAGGAGUCAGCGCUAUCGUUUACAUGGUGGACGCAGCAGAUCCAGAGAAGAUCGAAGCCUCCAAGAACGAACUGCACAACCUGCUGGACAAACCGCAGCUGCAGGGAAUUCCUGUUUUGGUUCUGGGUAAUAAGAGGGACCUACCAGGAGCUCUGGAUGAGAAGGAACUCAUAGAGAGAAUGAACCUGUCAGCCAUCCAGGACAGAGAGAUCUGCUGCUACUCCAUCUCCUGCAAGGAGAAAGACAACAUCGACAUCACUCUCCAGUGGUUGAUCCAACACUCCAGGACUAAGAGGAGUUCCUGAGAACAUGCCCCCAGCUGAACUAGCCACGCCCACCCACCCUAACACAUACCCCCCCCCCCCUUCCAAAACAACAACACUUUAUUCCCUAACCCUAAACUUCCCCUCCCCUCCAUCCACCCUGUCCUUACAUUAAUACCUCCAAACACCCACUGACCCUCUGCCCUCCCCCUCACGAUGCACUGAUACCUCUGGGUUUUAGUUUUUUGUUGGUGUAUUGAGUGAAGUAUCAGACUGUGACACCCGGAGGCAGGUGGAACGUGUCAGUAACCAAAGCUGUUUCCUCAUGUAGACGCACACAUCCAGCCUCCGUCAGUUCAUGCCACGUUAUCACGUGCCUGGAAAAACAUCGGUUUAAUCGGUCCGUGUGAACACAUGCAUGUAAUCACACACCCAGUGCAGUUUAAACAUACGUGCAGCCAUGUCGGUGUGCUGCCUCUGAGGAAGGUGCACCUGAUUAAAGCACCUGCUGAACCAGCUUUUCUGCACAGACUGUGUUCACACUCAUGUUUCCACAGCUAAACAGUGAGCUGCUGUUUUAGCAUGAAAAGCGAAGAAGAAACCUGCGGACAGUGAUGAGGUCAGACUACAUGCGUGACAGUUCCAUGGAAGCGUUAACGAGGUGUCUGACAGUUUCCAGUUCACCAGUGCACAUGCUAAACACUCCUGAAGGUACAGCAAAUACCAGGACGUCGGUUUGUCUGACCUGAGGUCACGUGACCCUGAACUGACGCGUGUUUUCUGCUGCGGCGUUUCACAGCCAGGGAAUUUAUUCAGUUACAGUUAAUGGACUGGAUCAUCCAGAGUAACUGGGGGGGUGCUUCUGUUCUUCAGCGCUGUGAGCAGCACAAACUGAAGUCCAGUUCACUCCAGUGACCUGGUUUUCCUUUGGGCGAAGGCCGAUGUCUCAGAGACAGACAUCUGAAAACCCGAACAAACCCAGAGCCGUCUGCGUGGACUGAUACUACAGGUUGUGUUGGUGUAGUUUAGAUGAGCAGUAACCUUCAGUCUGUGUCGCUUACAUACAACCACCAGUCACACCAGUGUUUGAUGCUGGUAACAGAGAAGUUGUAUCAGUGCAUCUUUACAGAUCCACACAACAGCCUCCAUCUGUUUUUCGUAAACGAAGCGUCCCUCUGUCAGACGAUCCGCCAUUUUGACUUUGAAUCAUCACCUUCACUGUCAAACCGGGGACAGACUGGUUUUCUUUCGUUUAGCGUUGUUAGCUGGUUAGCCGGAGCCUGUUUUGUGGAUCUGUUUCCUCCCUCAGAUUUUUCCCACAAUCCCACCUUCGUCACCUUUUAGUCAGUAACCACAAACCUGCCACCAUCAUUUCCUCUCUCCUAAUUUUCAGCCUCUGUUGAUUUCAUUCCUCCCUUUCUACCUCCACAUCAUCCAUCCAUCAUUUCACAUUUAUAUAAUCCUGAGAAGCCCCUCUUCUUCCCUCGUCUGUUGUAAACUGCUUGUCCUCCUCUGUACUCCUUCUAUCUUUCCUUCCUCUCUUUUCUUAUUUUUGGAUGUUACCUUCUUCCUCUUUCCUCGUCUCUAAGCCCAGCCCCCCCGUUGUCUUUCUCUCUCUCUCUCCUGCCGAGUGAGGGAUUUAAAACCUUUUUAUUGCACUGUUGAUUUUGGUUUUGUAAGAUAUUAAUAAUGAGAAUAAUGUUAAUAAUCUUCUUAUUGUGACAUAACCUGGUCUUUCCAGAUUUAAGGAAGUGGUACUUUAAUGGGAGAAGGAGAAAUGUUAUUGUUUCUGUUCAUAUCUCUGUAAUAAGCUUUUUAUUUCAUAUUUGUUUUAUAUUGUUAUUAUUUUUUAUUGUUUGUUGACUUCAUAAGUCUACUCUGGAUGUUCAGCCAGAGCUCAGUGUUUUCCGCUCUGAGACGUCUGCUGAUUGGACCAGGGGUGUCACGUGAUCAGAUGCACCGCUCACAUCAUGACAGAUAAAAUGAAGCGAUGGAAUUAGUCACGUCCGACUCGCUGAAACACACGUUAAAUUUUUAUUUUAAAAUUGAUCGAUUCCAUGAUUCCAUGAUUCCAUGUCACCAGGUGCCACAGUAAAGUACGUGUUCAGAGGCACGGAGAUAAUUAAAAUGAAUUUCCUAUUUUUUGCUCAUAAUGAAUGAAAUAAUUCAAAUUUGAUUAUGAAAUCGUAAGUUUGAAAAUGCAAAAUUAUCUUCGAAGUGACAGAUCAGCUCCUCAGCUGUGAACGCUGCUGUGCUGAGGAUGGAAAUGUCAAAGUUCAUCUUGAAAAUGAAACUGCAAAAUUUCCCAUUUCACAUGUAGUUGAAUUAUUAUUGUCAGUGUUGAGCUGAAAAUGAUCUCUGUUUACAUUUUGUGAUUAUGCAUCUUAAAACAUGACGCUCAGAUUUAGAUAAUUACAACAGUUUGAAUUUGUGAAUAUUAAUGCUGUCAUACAUCAUGUGCACACAAAUAGGAAUGAUGCCUUUUUAACACUGGCAUCCACAGAAUGUUGGUGUAUAUGGUAAAACACACACGUGCUGACCGAGUGAUGCUGCACAAGGAAAACUCCUCCAUCCGAUUAUUCAUGUCGGCUGUUGAAUCAUUUGGUGCUCUUACAGCUGAUGGAGGUUUCACCAUCAGCUCAUGGUGAAGGUAUUUUUUGUGGUGUGGAUGCUAACGACCAAUAGGUGGUGCACUGGUGUUUAAACACAGCAUCGACUUCACAGAGACAGGGCAGGUGUCGCUGCUGUUCUGUCUGUGAGGCGGUCAGUAUUUUUAUCGGACCGCUGGCACGUAGCUUCGUACAAACAUCAUUUCCAUUUCAUUUAUAUUACACUAUUUAUCCUCAUGCUCUUUUCACACGGCUUAUAUUUGUUCUCCUGUUUGUUUCGGUUGCAAAAUCAUGUUCUGACACAUCCUGGUCCUGACAGCAGCCAAUCAGACUUCAGAACAAACAGGAAAAGGAAAAAUGUUACCUGUCCGUAUGUUGUUCCGUACUGAGGUCGUUUAGUUUGAGUGGUCGAACUGUCAGCAGCGUACAUGGCUGAUCCACCUGUUAGCACACACUCACCUGCUUCACGCUGUCGGGCCAAACAGGUUUGACCUGGUUCGAAUGAUUCUCAUGAAACGUCAUCAGUUAAAGCCAAAACACUGUUUUAAUUCAGCGUCCACGUUUAGCUGAGGAUGUGGCUAAACAUUAUUUUCAGCUAAAUACUUUGGAAGAGUCUAUAAAAAGUAAAAUAUGAUUUUUUUCCCUUAUUAAUUACUCAAAAUUGAUUGAUUUCCUAUUGAUCGGCUAAUGCUGUAACAGAGCUCUGACUCUAACAGACCUGGGGUCAGCUUAUCAAAAUGACAGCCAGAUAAAAGCGAGGUCAGGAAGCACUAGCGAUGCCCAGGUGUGUUAAAAUGAGUUUGACCCAGUUGCAGCUCCAUGGAGUUCGACUUCUUCCACAAACAAACAACAAUCCAUUUUAGAGUUUGUGACUGUGUGACUUUGAGCUGCCGACAGUGGGAAUUCAUUGUUUUCCCUGAUAAACACCUGUAAUCAGCGGCAGUAAACCAGGCUAAACCAGGUAGCUCAGGCCUCUUUAGCCCGACAGGAAGCUGCUGUCUGAAGGAGCUGUGUUAAUGAGCUGGAGGCUCCAGCAGAUGUCAGCACUUCAAACAUCAGAAAGCACAACUCGACCCAGACAGACCGAGUGUUCUCCAGCUGCUCCAGACGUCAGGUUCUGGUGUUAUCUGAACCAGCCAAGAGUCGCUGUCUGACUCCAUUCUGGACCACUCAAUAUUUAUUGAUCUUUUGAUCAGCCAGCACAGUGAUUAGUUUUAGAGUUAUUGAUGCCAUCGGACAGAUCAGAUUGCCAAGGGAAUUUUAAAGGUACACUUUGUUUUUUGGGAUGUUUUGCCUUUGUUUGAUCAAAUCCAGCAGAGUGUUGACAGGAAUCCACGGGGGUUUGAAACAGGGAUGUGACAGUUCCGUGGUCUGAGACCUGAAAACCUACGUUUUGUUCUUACAUGACUAAAGCAAAGAAAGAGCACGGCGAUCGGGAUAACUGAGCACACUAACAAACCGUCUCACCUCAGAGACAUUGAUGUUUAACUGAUGUUUGCGUGAACAUGAGCAGAGGUAGUUGUAUGAAGAGAAACAGCUUGGCACACCUGGCCCCCCCUGAAGAACACCAGGUUCCCCGCCCUGGGAUUUCCUGAAAUCAUACCAACACCAGAAACAUCUGUGGAUUCAGAAAAGCCUUAUUUUCCUUGCGUCUUUAUUUAAGUACAGAAACAACAAUAAUUAUAAUCACAGCAUAAAGAAAAAGGCCAGAUUAUAGCAGCACAGUUGAAACGUGUCAUCUCUUGGUGGUAAACUCUGAGAUUCACCAGCCACUUUGACUAGUUUACCAGGCGUCUGUUACAGCAGGACGACGUCUUCAGGUGACCGCUGUCGCUAUUUCCUGUCCUUGUUUAUCAGAACCUUAAACCUUAAAAUCCCCCUGCAGCUCUGCUCUGAUCGGCACUGGUCUCCUUUGUUUGCAUGCUGAGGGCAGGGAUUGUUUAUCUGUGGGACCUGAUGAAGUAAAUAGUUCUUUUGGUGCAACUUUAUCAUAAAAUGGCCUUAAUCCAGUGCAUCAGCCUGAGUAUUAACCUGCAGAGGAGUCAUAGAAGUACACAACAUGAAAUGUACUUUGAACAGUGCAAUAAAACAGAAGUAUUGAUGUUGUGCUUACACUGUGUUUUUACAUGUUUCUGAGUACAUCGUGUCAGAGAAGGAUUGCACAGUGACUGUGUGCUUACAGAGCUUUUCUUACAGAUGAAUACACUGGAAUAUGGUCAUUGUCAUGUAAAGUUUAACCUGUUUUAUAAGGAGGAAAAGUCGAGUAGCGACCUGUAAUCCUGCAUGUACAACCUGAAACUGUGCGGGACGUGAUGGGAAGUGUUCCCUGAUCCUCCUGCAUCAGUUAAAUCAUCUUCAGAAAGUGAUUCAUGAUGGAAUCAGCAACAAAAUACAAGAAAAUCCACACAGAACCAGCAGCUUCACAGCACUGGAUCCUCAGUGUCAGUGAACUGGGUACAGUGAGGUCCAAUCCACUCUGCGACCUUUGACCUUUGAAAGUCUCAGCUCAAGCUUUAUGUGCUCGGGUUGUUGGGGAUCUUUCGAUCAUAUCAUACAGUCUUUAUGAGCAAAUGGAUUUCACUCAGUCAUAUACUGAAAAAUACACUGGCGACAAAACACAGAGGCCAUUUAGCUGCUGCUCUGUAGCUUUUGAUCACAGGACAUGAGCUUCCUCAGCAGACAUAGUUUGCUCGUUUGGUGUGGAACGGUUGGUUUGCAGAUCUCCACUUUUCUGAACACGUUCAAUCGGUUUAAAAGUGUUUAAAUUGGCAUUUAUACUAUAUUUUUAUUUUAUUUUUAAACCGUCAUGUCAAAAUUCCUUGUAAGAAUCCAAUAAUCUGAAAGAGUUUUUCUUCGUCAUUCAGCCCCUCUCUGAUAAAUCUGAUAUUUUCUCCUUCAGUCAGAGUUUUAAUAACUUUUUAAUUAUCUUACAUUUUAAAACGUUUCAUUGUGAUCAAACACAAAUGAGUUUUAAAAUGUGGAGGCCAUGUGCAGAUACUGCCACCUGCUGGCACAAACACCUGCUCAAACCUCCAACCUGUUAAAGUCUCAUCCGCAGAGAAUCACAGCAGGUGAGGGUUGCCUCGCUGGGUGUAGUGCCUUGCUCAGAGACUCUUAAACAUUUGCCAUGUUUGACCGUGGGUUGAUGAAGCAGCUGAAGUCGCUGAGCUGUUCUGAUGGGAUUUUCCUGGUCUUGUUUCUGGUCCUGUUGUGUUGGCGCAGAAAGCGUCAGGGCUUGUACAUGCAGGACAAACACGGUGGCGACGGCCUGAACUUGUUUGUACAUUAUAGUUUAAUUCAGUUGCUAUAAUGUGUUUUAAUAGAAACAUGCUUGUGUAUGAUACUAAUAAAAAUACUAUGGAGAAA